AUGCUUCACAAUCAAUUGAGUGGUGUUAGAAAAGGAAAUUUGUCAAUUCUUGUUUACUUGCACAAUGUUAAAUCCCUGGGUGAUUCUCUAGCGGCUAUUGGUGAAAGAGUGAGUGAAACUUUUCUUACAAUGUAUGUUCUUAAUGGUCUGGGAAGAGCAUAUGAUAAUUUUGUCAUCUCCGCGAAUAAUAGAGAAACACCUUUCACCUUUGCUGAACUCAAACCUCGUCUAAUGAAUCAUGAGCAGUGGUUACUUGAUAAAGAACAAGAUAUGUCUAUCAAUUUUGAUUCACAACAUCCUUCAGCUUUUUACAGUCGAAAUGGUAAUAACUUUGGUGGUGGUAAUAAAAAUAAACCAAAAUUCAAUCCCAAUAACUUUGUGAAUAGUCAAUUUCAAUCUGGUUCCUCUUCAAAUUCUAAUUCACAAGGUGGUUACAAUGGUGGCUAUUCUGGUGGAGUUCCAAAAAUGGGCGGUCCUUCAAAUUCUGGUGGUAGAAGAACACAGAUUGAUUUUUCCAAAGUUGAGUGUCAAAUAUGCAGAAAAUUUGGUCACUUUGCAAAUAGGUGCUAUUAUAGAUAUGCUUCAGAUAAGAAGCAAAAUAACAAUCACUCUGCAUAUAUUGCUUCAGAAGAAGAUGGUUUUCAUUAUAUGGAUCCUUCUGCAAAUAUAGCUACUAUGGAUCAAGCUUUUUCUAGUAUGACAAUGCAAAAUCCUACAAUGAGUGAUCCUUCUUGA